AUGGUAUGCCUGGCCAUCCCCCCUGGUUUCGAAUCACAGUCAUUACGCCCCUACCUUCAAUGCGUCCGCUCGUCUCUUACAGCAGCCCUCUCUCUUUCCAAUUUCGCCUCGCAAGUCGCCGAACGACACAAUGUGCCUGAAAUAGAAGCCGCGAGCUCCCCAGAAGUCCUGCUCAACCCGCUAACGGUAGCCCGCAAUGAAAACGAGAAGGUUCUCAUAGAGCCCAGCAUCAACAGUGUACGAGUCAGCAUACGCAUAAAGCAGGCGGAUGAGAUUGAGCAUAUUCUUGUGCACAAGUUUACUCGGUUCCUCACUCAACGUGCCGAGUCCUUUUUCAUUCUGAGACGAAAGCCGGUCAAGGGUUACGACAUCUCGUUUCUCAUUACGAAUACCCACACAGAAGAAAUGCUAAAGCAUAAACUGGUGGACUUUAUCAUUCAAUUUAUGGAAGAGGUCGACAAAGAAAUCUCCGAGAUGAAGCUAUUUCUGAACGCUAGAGCCCGAUUUGUAGCUGAGAGCUUCUUGAUUCCAUUCGAUUAG